CAGACAGGCAGACACAGAGAGAGAGAGGAAGUGGUGAGGAUGCAACAGCCGCUGCAGCACUUUGCACCUCAUCUCACCAUCGUCAGACUGCCACAGAGUUCAUAUCACAAACACCGGUGUGUGCUGUUCAGGAGCGGUGUACCUGGAAAAUGCAGUUUCGGUAAAGUCCAUUCAAGGUAAAUUACUGCGUCCGUCCGUUCAUCAUUGAGAGGAAAAAAGGAACUCAGUCCGCCUCACAGUUGGAGGAACGACAUCCGAGCUUCCCUCUAAUCAAGUUCUCUCUGUCCAAAAGAUGUCAAACGCCACCGCUGACAGUAUAGGAAGUGGAACCAAAACCUCUAAAGUGUCAAAGGACCAUAAAAAGCCCACAUCUGAUGCCCUGAAAGGAGCCAUUCAGCUGGGCAUCGGUUACGCUGUGGGAAACCUCAGCUCCAAACCAGACAGAGAUGUUCUUAUGCAGGACUUCUCUGUGGUGGAGAGCGUCUUCCUGCCCAGUGAGGGCAGCAACAUGACUCCAGCACAUCACUUCCCAGACUUCCGUCUGAAAACGUACGCACCGCUGGCCUUUCGCUACUUCAGAGAGCUGUUUGGCAUCAAACCAGACGACUAUCUGUACUCCAUCUGUAAAGAGCCUCUGAUCGAGCUGUCCAACCCUGGCGCCAGCAGUUCCUGGUUCUACCUCACCAGUGAUGACGAGUUCAUCAUUAAGACUGUGCAGCAUAAAGAGGCCGAGUUCCUGCAGAAGCUGCUUCCUGGUUACUACAUGAACCUGAAUCAGAACCCGAGGACGUUGCUGCCCAAGUUCUACGGCCUUUACUGCAUCCAUUGUGGCGGCGUCACCAUCCGCGUGGUGGUGAUGAACAAUGUGCUGCCGCGUGCCAUUAAGAUGCACUACAAGUACGACCUCAAGGGUUCCUCGUACAAACGCCGCGCAUCACGCAAAGAGCGCACCAAGUCCUCACCCACUUUCAAAGACCUGGACUUCCAGGAGGAGCACGAGGGUCUGCACUUCGACCCGGACACCUACAACGCCCUGAUGAAGACUCUGCAGAGAGACUGUCGGGUCCUAGAGAGCUUUAAGAUCAUGGACUACAGUCUCCUGUUGGGGAUCCAUGUUUUGGACCAGAAGCCGCUGGCCAGAGGAAACCGAUGUGACAGCAGGAAAGGACAGAAAGUCCUUUACUCCACUGCCCUUGAGUCCAUCCAGGGUAACGUGAAGGACCCUGAACCAGUGGCAGAUGACGACACAUUGGGUGGAAUUCCUGCCAAACAUAAAGAUGAGAACCUGCUCAUCUUUUUAGGAAUCAUUGAUAUCCUUCAGUCCUACAGGUUGAUUAAGAAGAUGGAACAUUCCUGGAAAGCUCUUGUACAUGAUGGGGACACAGUGUCAGUUCACAGGCCCAGUUUUUAUGCAGACAGAUUUCUGAAGUUCAUGGGCUCAACCGUAUUCAAAAAGAUUCAUCCUCUAAGAGGAGCGUCUUCAAAGAGGAAGAAGAAUUCCCUCUACGCAGCAAAGUCAGCCUCGCAGGAGUUUCUGUGCCUACCGAAGGAGGAGAAGAAGGAGAAGAAAGCUCAAAGCAUGGACAAUCUGGAUGGAAGCUUUUACAGUUCCUCCAAGCAACCGGAUCUUCUGCCAAGAUCUGCUGUUUCUUUCGAGUCCACCCCUAAUGAUGAAGAGGACACUGACAACAGUGAAGACAGACGAGCCUCCAGUUCAACCAUCGCUCUGGAUGAUCCUCUGCCGUCCCUCAACAGAAGCCAGUCAGAAUCUGAACUGGACAUCUACCUGUGAGGAGAAAUGAGUGAUGUCUCCUCUCCCGCCAGCUGUACCUCUACAAGAGAAAGACCUCAGAGACAUCAGGACCUCACAGCAGUGUAAAUGUGACACAAACUACAGGCAGUAAAAUGUUCAUGUCAGUUUCUCCGCUGUGACGCUGUGUCACUCUGUGCCUUUGACUUUCCUUUCUGGGUCAAAGUAAAUGUGCCAAAUCACUGGUUCUUUUGUAGAAAUCCUGUCAGUAACAGAUGUGGAUACAGUAUGUGUUUAUGUGUGUUAAAAUCACUGAACACUGUGUUAAUAUAAAACACUAUGAAGCUGCUUCUUCUGCUCCUGUUAUUGUGCACUUUGCUGCUAAUUUAACAACAGUGCUUGAGAAAAAAAAUGAGUUUCAGUUUGUCCUCUCCUCUUUGCUUUUAUUUUCGGAUUUUCUGUACAAAUUUCUCAGCGGCUGGAUCCCUGAGGAAAGAGACUGUCUCCAUACUUAAUCAUCAACAGAAAAAUAUGUUUUCCUAAUGUUAUUUUCAAAUCAUAUAUUUAUACGGAAACAUGUUCAAAGAUGAUUCUGAUUUGGGGUAUCUGAAUGAAAUAUGCCAAUUCAUCUGUUGAUACAUCUCACAUAUGCAUGAGUGAAACAUUGUGUAUCGUAAUAUGUGUAGCCUGCUUUAAAAUCACAUUUUACAUAAGGCAAUAUAUAAUAUUGUGUAAUUUUUGACUCUAUAAGAAGAAAGAAGAAAACUUUAUCUUUAUAACAUGAUAAUAUUUUGUUAAAACAAGAAAACUAGGUCGGACCUGAUGCUUGGUAUUAGUCCUGCACCCUUCACUGGAUGUGUCAUCUCUCUAUUGAAUGUACAUUAGACUCAGCUUUUGACUUUAAUAAAAACUAAUGCCUGUUACUGUUCUGUAUCCUGGAGGUAAAUAAUGAGCAUAUCGUGUGUUAUUUCAGUUCUUAUUCUUUGUCCACAUGCCUUAACAAGUUUUGAAAUCAGUGCUUUUAUGUAAUUUAUAGGCCUACAACUGUGUUAUAGCAAUACUUUGAACUUGUAUCUGUGAAAUAAAUUAAUAUUUAAUGUC